UUAGAACUGGACCUGAUUGUCUGUACCACGUCAUGGCAAAACAUCUCUUAGUUCAUGCAAAUCCAGUCUUGUGGUGAUGCUACAAGAAAAGCCGGAGGACCAUCAAAUCAGAUGAAAUUUCAUAGGAAAAGUGAAAAUUUGAACUGCUGGUGGCCCCACAGUAAAAGUCAGAGGACCACCACAGUCACUACAAUUCAUUCUGUGGGGACCAUGAAACAAACACAGAUCACUAUUUGCACAAUGAUCAGGGAUCUAUCCUUUGUGUAUUGAAUCAGGUGAGAUACACAUGUUGAAGUAGCUAUGGAACCUAUCCACACAGUAACUAUAUAUGUGCUAUAUGGCAAAGCUGCUGGAGCAUCCUCAAAAAUGUAACUCAUCAUCAUGGCUAUGGUGGAAAUAUCAUGUGGGGACCACAUGAACUGUGAUUGGUCAGCAUGGGCUGCUUGUAUUCCUCAUGCUGGUGGAGAUUGUAGGACAAAAGCUCAGUAAUAUUCUUAUUAUUAAUAACACACAUCUCCCACUGUGAAUCAUCUACACAAUGCAAUCACUGCUCUCAAAUACAGCAAUCUCCUGUUCGAUAAUGAGUUCAAAUACAAUCUACCUGGGUAUAACUGUAAGCAGAUGCUUAACCCAAUGUCACUCUAUAUCACACAGUUAAUGAAAGAAUAUAAACACAGACAGUGGGUAUUAUAAUAAAAGAAUGAUACAGGCUGUUCACACAUUAUAUGAUCACCCAGAGCUGCAGUUUUGCUUUCACCACUGUGUUAAAAUGUGAAAGUAUAAACCUAAACCUCCCCCAUAGACACAUAAAGACUGUUAACAUGAAAUAAUAAACUCUACACUGAUGUCACAAUGUAUAUGUACAACAACUAAUUCACCAUUGUCUCACUGCUCAUGACUGAGCACCAGUGUUUGCUAACAUUAGAUCAUAUAUGGCAUUUUGUAUUGGUAAUAAAAUACCAAGCCAAUAUUGGAAAAGUAAGGGUGCGCUAUCAGAUAGCUAACAUUAGUUAGCUAAAUUAUAACUUAGGGCCAAAGUUAGAAGCUAGCUAAAUUUGCAUUAUUCAGAAAUUCUAAAAGUAAGAGUUUAAAGUGUAAACACGCCAGAUAGUUAGCUACUGCUAUUUACAUUUACUUACAGUACUCAACUAGCUUGUGUGAUGCAUGGGAGUAGAGACUUUAGGGCAUGAGAGACUAAUGGGAGCGAGGUAGACAGAGAGAUGUGAAGCUAAUGUCGGUUUAGAAAGAAAGGUUUAGGACGGUCCACUUUAGGGAUGUCUGAAAUCGCAGUACAAGAUCCAGGCAUGAAUAUUGUAAUAUUUAUAAUUACAGGUGACUAGGAUAAAUGUUUAAUCUCCCUAUAACUGUCGUUUUUACCUUUUUUGGAGGGAUCCAAGUCCCAAGGAACGUAUCGGUACAAGGAACAGCUUUUUAAACUGUUAUUAUUAUUCAAUAAUAUAGAGGUUAUUAUUUUGUAAAAAAAAAUAAAAUAAUUUGAUGUACACACGCUGGGAAAAAAACUGAUGGCUGUUCAGGGUAAGGCUGAAUCAGAUGAAGACAUCAGUAGUCAAUAGAUCUUCACCAUUCCAUUAUUUAUUUUUUAAAUCAGUCGAAGCUUUUAUUGUGAAAGCCAACCCCUUUGAUUCCGGUUGGUACUGACUGAACCUGUCCUCUUUUGACUCAGCUGGAUCAUCAGGUGGCCGUUCAUCUAUUGUGCUCGCAGCCUGAUCAAACUGAUCCCAGAGCAGCCGGGGAUCGGGUUUCAGUACAGUGGUCAGCUCCGGGCCCUGCCUCUUCCUCCCCCCGGCAGCAGAGCAUCAACACAUCAACGUUUGGUCCUGUUUUCUCUCCCUGCGACCCCUCCCCCUUUAUAUCCUCUCUCAUGAUAAAUCCCUCCUGUGUCCUACUGACUGGCAGAGUUGAAAGGCUUGGAAAUCACGCAAUUAGAUAUCAAGAGUUUGGUUUCUCCUGCUGGUUAACGUGACUGACGACAGUUUUUCUUCCUGAGAAGCAACAGUCUGAGCCGCUCAUCAGUCCGGUUGUGCGUCUUCUCAGCGGCUUCAGUUGGAUCUCUCUCUCUGUGCUUCUCUCUGAGGCUGAUCCGCAUCUGUUUUUUUCUACUUUGGCAGUUUUACUUUUGCAGCAGGUGUAGUCUCCAUCUCAGCAGCCUCAGCAGCAUGUUGGACCCGUCUUCCAGCGAGGAGGAAGGGGAUGAGAUAUUGGAGGUGGAACGCAAAGAGGUGGCGGCCCCGAAGAGCCUCGGAGGAGCGCGACUGUCACCGGGCCGAGCCGCCGACGGCCACGGUGGCGGAGGGCUUCAGCCCCGGGGCCGCGGGAGCGGCGGUGGCCGACCCUCCAGCCCCAGCCCGUCGGUGGGCAGCGACAAGGAGAAGGAGGACCUGGAGAAGAUGCAGAGGGAGGAGGAGGAGAGGAAAAAGAGACUCCAGCUGUAUGUGUUUGUGAUGCGCUGCAUCGCCUAUCCGUUCAACGCAAAGCAACCUACUGAUAUGGCAAGGAGGCAGCAGAAGAUUAGUAAGCAGCAGCUGCAGACGGUCAAAGAGCGCUUCCAGGCAUUCCUCAACGGAGAAACUCAGAUCGUGGCUGAUGAGGCCUUCAUCAACGCUGUGCAGAGCUACUAUGAGGUCUUCCUGAAGAGUGACCGAGUGUCCCGGAUGGUGCAGAGCGGCGGCUGCUCGGCCAGCGACUCUCGGGAGGUUUUUAAGAAGCACAUAGAGAAGCGGGUGCGCAGCCUGCCCGAGAUCGAUGGCCUCAGCAAAGAGACAGUGCUGAGCUCCUGGAUCGCCAAGUUUGACACCAUCUACCGCGGCGAGGAGGACCCCAGGAAGCACCAACAGAGGAUGACUGCCAGCGCCGCCUCCGAGCUCAUCCUCAGCAAAGACCAGCUCUACGAGAUGUUUCAGCAGAUCCUGGGCAUCAAGAAGUUCGAGCACCAGCUCCUUUACAACGCCUGCCAGCUGGACAACCCUGAUGAGCAGGCAGCACAGAUCAGAAGAGAGCUGGACGGACGACUGCAAAUGGCAGACCAGAUAGCUCGGCAUGGUGGAAGGUUUCCGAGGUUCUCCUCCAGGGAGAUGGAGGCAAUGUUCAUUGAGGAGCUGCGAUCGUCUGUCAACCUGCUGAUGGCCAACCUAGAGAGCAUGCCAGUGUCCAAGGGAGGAGAGUUCAAGCUACAGAAGCUGAAACGAGGCCACAACACGUCUAUCAUGGACAUGGGCCAGGAGGACGAGAACACGCUGUCCAAAUCUGACGUGGUGCUGUCCUUCACCCUGGAGGUGGUGAUUAUGGAGGUUCAGGGUCUGAAGUCUUUGGCUCCAAACAGGAUUGUUUACUGCACCAUGGAGGUGGAGGGAGGACACAAGCUGCAAACAGACCAGGCUGAGGCGUCAAAGCCCACUUGGGGUACCCAGGGUGACUUCACCACCACCCAGCCAUUACCUGCUGUCAAAGUGAAGCUGUUCACUGAGAGCACAGGGGUGUUGGCUCUGGAAGAUAAGGAGCUGGGAAGGGUCGUGCUACACCCAACUCCCAACAGUCCCAAGCAGUCUGAGCUUCAUAAGAUGACAGUGUCUAAAGGGUGUCCAGACAGCGACCUCAAGAUCAAACUGGCCAUUCGCAUGGACAAACCACAAAACAUGAAGCAUUGUGGGUAUCUCUGGGCCAUUGGCAAAAACGUGUGGAAAAGAUGGAAGAAAAGAUUCUUUGUGCUGGUUCAGGUGAGUCAGUACACCUUUGCCAUGUGCAGCUACAGAGAGAAGAAGGCGGAGCCUGUGGAGCUGCUCCAGCUGGAUGGCUACACUGUGGACUACACCGAUCCCCAGCCAGGUCUGGACGGAGGUCGAACAUUCUUCAACGCUGUGAAAGAGGGCGACACUGUGAUCUUUGCCAGCGAUGAUGAACAGGACCGAAUCCUGUGGGUGCAGGCCAUGUACCGAGCCACUGGACAGUCACACAAGCCAGUUCCUCCUACCCAGGUCCAGAAACUCAACUCGAGGGGGGGCACAGCACCACAGCUGGAUGCACCCAUUUCUCAGUUCUAUGCUGAUCGAGCCCAGAAACACGGCAUGGAUGAGUUCAUUUCAGCCAACCCAUGCAACUUCGACCACGCCUCGCUCUUUGAGCUGGUACAGCGCCUCACCCUGGAUCACAGACUCAACGACUCCUACUCCUGCCUGGGCUGGUUCAGUCCCGGUCAGGUGUUUGUCUUGGAUGAGUACUGCGCUCGCUACGGCGUUCGAGGUUGCCAUCGCCAUUUAUGUUACCUAAGCGAUCUGCUGGAGAGGGCGGAGAAUGGAGCCAUGAUUGACCCCACCCUGCUGCACUACAGCUUCGCCUUCUGUGCCUCACAUGUCCAUGGAAACAGGCCAGACGGUAUUGGCACGGUGACUGUGGAAGAGAAGGAGCGCUUCGAGGAGAUAAAGGAGAGGCUACGGGUGCUUCUGGAAAACCAGAUUACACACUUCAGGUACUGCUUUCCAUUUGGACGACCGGAGGGAGCACUGAAAGCAACUCUGUCCUUGCUUGAAAGGGUUCUGAUGAAAGAUAUUGUUACUCCUGUUCCGCAAGAAGAAGUCAAAGCUGUGAUUCACAAGUGCCUGGAGCAGGCAGCUCUGGUGAACUACCAACGCCUGUCAGAGUACGCCAAACUGGAAGGGAAAAAGAGAGAGAUGUAUGAGCAUCCUGUCUUCUGCUUGGCGUCUCAAGUGAUGGAUUUAACCAUUCAGAAUGUAGGCCGAUUAGUCACUCCUGCCAAAAAGCUGGAGGACACCAUUCGCCUGGCCGAGCUGGUGAUUGAGGUCCUUCAGCAGAAUGAGGAGCACCAUGCUGAGGCCUUCGCCUGGUGGUCGGACCUGAUGGUGGAGCACGCCGAGACCUUCCUGUGUCUUUACUCGGCCGACAUGGACGCAGCUCUCGAGGUUCAGCCGCCUGACAGCUGGGACAGUUUCCCCCUCUUCCAACUGCUCAACGACUUCCUGAGGAUGGACUAUAACCUGUGCAAUGGGAAGUUCCACAAACACCUGCAGGACCUGUACGCCCCCCUGGUGGUGCGAUAUGUGGACCUGAUGGAGUCCUCCAUUGCUCAGUCCAUCCACAGAGGCUUUGAGAGGGAAUCCUGGGAACCUGUCAAAAGUGUAACAAGCUCUCUGCCCAAUGUCAACAUCCAAAUGCCCAAAGUACCAAAUCUAACAGCGCCACAAAUGCCCAGCUUUUCUCCACCCAACUGGAUGGCAGCUAAUCAUGACUCAGAUAAUGGUUCAGGGACAUCAGAGGACCUGUUCUGGAAGCUGGAUGCUCUGCAGACCUUCAUCAGAGACCUCCACUGGCCUGAGGAGGAGUUUGGCAAACACCUGGAGACCCGACUGAAGCUGAUGUCCAGUGAUAUGAUCGAGUCCUGUGUAAAACGGACGCGUGCUGCGUUCGAGGUCAAGCUUCAGAGGAGCAGCCGGUCCAUAGACUUCCGUGUGCCGCAGUCCAUCUGCACCAUGUUCAACGUCAUGGUGGACGCCAAAGCCCAGUCAGCCAAGCUGUGUGCCAUGGACCUGGGGCAGGAGAGACAGUACCAUUCCCAAAUUGACAAUCUAAUUGAGGAGACGGUGAAGGAGAUGAUAACGCUGCUCGUAGCUAAGUUCGUGGUCAUUCUUGAGAGUGUGUUAGCCAAGCUCUCCAGAUAUGAUGAGGGAACACUCUUCUCCUCUUUCCUAUCUUUCACAGUGAAAGCUGCUUCAAAGUAUGUGGACGUACCUAAGCCAGGGAUGGAUGUUGCUGACGGUUAUGUAACGUUUGUCCGUCACUCCCAGGACAUGCUGCGGGACAAGGUCAAUGAGGAGGUGUACAUAGAGAGAUUAUUUGAUCAAUGGUACACCAGCACUAUGAACCUUAUAGGAACGUGGCUGACCGACCGUAUGGACCUUCAGCUCCAUGUUUAUCAGUUGAAGAUUCUCAUCAGGAUCGUGAAGAAAAAGUACCGUGACUUCCGCCUUCAAGGGGUGCUGGACUCCACAUUAAACAGUAAGAUGUAUGAAACCGUGAGAAACCGGCUGACCCUGGAAGAAACCACUGCCUCAGUGAGGGAAGGAGGGAUGCAGGGCAUUUCCAUGAAGGACAGUGAUGAAGAGGACAACGAUAACUAGAUCCAAAGGCCUGGAAAUGUCGAGGAUACAGCUUUUCAGAGAGUGGUGUACUGCCGGACACCCAUACAGCCUUUCCAUGAGGUCCAAACAGACUGACCCAAAAUCCAACUUGUUCCCUCCAUCGUUUGCUUUGUCAGUUUUCAUCCUGUAAUAGUUCCACCUUUCUGUCAGAAUUCAUACCAGAAGAAAAUGCAUUUUGUGUCUGUAAACACCUGUAAGACCUGAGUGUGUCCUCUCACUGCUCAUCAAGCUUUAAACAGCCAAGAACUGAAGGAUCAAUCAAUCACUGAUCGAUAUUAAGUGACGUGAGCAAAUAAGUUCUGAGAGUAAAAAGAGGCCACAACAUGUCAGUAGCACAAAUGUGACCAGGAGCACUCACCAUGCAAAACAGCCUUAAAUAAGAUCAUAAUGAAGGCAGGUGCAUCUAUAUCAGUUUUUUGAAGGCAUGAAAAAUAUGACAUUGUACCUUCAUGUCUGUCAACAGUCUCUGUACUGGAGCUUUGCUGUUGCUUCUCUCUCACAUUCAGAAAAGUACUCGACUCGAAAUUAUGAAACUGAUAAAAUCAGUCCGUUUUUUUUUUGUGUUGUUGUUUUUUUGGAAGCCUGCUAACAAAUGCAUGAUCAACUUAUCACUGAAGUCAUAUGGGACUAAAUGGGACUGAUGGUUUUAGAUUAGACUGACCAUCCAAAAAAAAACAAAAACAAAGAAAAAAAAAAAACAAGGUUAAAACUAAAAAAUAUAUUUCUGGAGCAAUACGGACAAACCAUUCUGUUCCCAAGUUUAUGAACAAGUCUCUGACUGUGUCUUCGUGUUACACUAGAAAAUGUUGCAUUGUGGUGAAGGUUGUGGAAAUGGUCUCCUAUUAGUUUCUUUGUAAUGGAUCUGCAUCAUUUCUAAACCUUGAAAUCUAGAUUUUUUUUUUUUUUUAAAUCAUGUGGUGUGAUAAAAUGUGAAGGUGAUGGUUUCUGUCUACGACGGCCCAGAGAGCUCAAUGCACUGCCGCUUAAGAAAACACAACAGGCAAACAGACGAAACAGAAACAAAUUCAAGUUGAUCAAUUUGACAACACAUGAGCUGCAAAUACUCACAACACAACAGCAGUGUUUCCAGGGGACACUAAAAAGUGAUGCGCCCAGCUGAAACACACUUGUUCAAUGCUUUUUGACUUUUGAAGUUAAAGUUCAUCGCAGCCAGGUUCAUCACUUUUUAGUGUCCCCUGGAAACACUUCCAUUGCAUUGUGAGUAUUUGCAGCAUGUCUUUUAUCAAAGUGAGGAAGAUGUUUUCUGAAUUCACUCGUGUUUUGUGUGUGUUGAGCUCUCUGGGCCACCAUAGUUCUCAGCCUGAUGUUUCUCUAAAAAGACUGAAAUCCAAAAGAAAUCAAUUGCAUAGUAAAAUAUAUAUAGAAAUAAAGUUGAUAAAUCUAGUCAUUUUAAUGACACAGUGACAUAAAUAGGUGUUAGCUUGCUUAUUGCAUCAAUUCCAAAGUGCAACUUUCACCCAGAAUGCUUUGGUAGUAGUGCUAGAAAUGCUAGUCAGGUUAGCCAGGCUCAGGGAGUGUUAUCAGUUUGGAAAAUAGAAAUAAAAAGAUUAGAGCUGGAAGAGUCUCCUGUGUCUUUGGGAAUGUUACAGUUUCUCAGCAAGUUACAGCAACACUGGAACAAAAGCGGUGAAUGGCAUGAGACCUGUGCGUCGAUCUUCUUUAACUUAGGUUUGGUACAGUUCUGGAAACACUUGAAACAUCCUAAGGCAUCAGUAGAGUUUGUCUGUUACUGAAACAAGGUAAAACUGAACUGGGAAGUUUGUUCUACUUGACUUGACACAAACAGCCGCUCACUGUGGAUUCAAACUGCACUAAAGUAAAAGGCUGCUGUUGCAGACAUUACCUGGAUACUUCAGUAUAGAGGUAGUGCUGUAGUCUGCUGCGUCCCCUCAGUCUGACACUCAAGUCCUAACAGCAGCUACCAUGUUAAUUAUGUCCUAUAAACAGGUUGACAGAACAAACAACCAGUAGUAGUGUAAACAUUUUAAAUUAAUGCUGAGCUUUGUGACGAUGAAAAGGUCAAUGACUCAAAAAGGAUUCAUCCUCCAUCAUGGCCACAGAAAAACAUUAGUUCAAGUACAGAUGGAUGGACGACUGAUAAGCUGACUGAUGCUUCCACACUAAUACGUUUUCAGUUUGAAAAUGCGUCUUAAAACAAAAACAGCCUCUGUCCUGGCGACCGUUUUAGCAAAUCAAAACGGGGUCAGCAGCGUUUCCACAAGUCUCUGUUUUAGCGGCUCUGGACAAGUGUGGACACCAGGUGUAAACGUAGCAAAUGAGAUUUAAAACUAAAAUGUAGUAGCUUGGAUGUAGCCUCGCACUGACAUUAACGAGGCCAAACCUCAACUUUAUUUAACAUAGCAUUAGCAUAAUCAACCUAAGUAUGUCGAUGACAUCAGAUCAAUCUGAAUUAUUGUGAUAAGUGACAUCAGUUUUAAACUUGCACAAUGAGCCAAAUUAUUAACCUUUAAGAACAUCAAGAUUAUUUGCAUGACAAAGACGUGAGAAAUUGUUCACAGGGAAAAUGAAGGUGUACAUUUAUUGAGAAGAACAAGGGGAGUGGUUUGAGUUUUGGAGGAUGCUGAAUUAAAGAGGUUGGGCUCCCUGAUGGCUUCAUUAUAUGUAAUCAGCGAUGUCAUCAAACUGUAUGUUUUAUUUUACCACUGGCUCGUGUGAUGCCACCAGUUCUUCCAUCAGAGAGUGAGAGGGAGGCAUUUAUCCUUUACAAAGAAUGUGAUAGUGUCACUAAUUUUAGACUUAUGUCAAACUGCCUCCAGAUGAAUCAGUGACAACACAAGCUUUGUAUCGUUGUUGAAAAAGACAUUAACUGCCUGUGGUCUCACUUUUUCAAACGUUUGAUCUCUACAUCGACACCUCUGACGUUUUAUUGAACUUUAUUUUGGCGGGAAGAAAUGUAAGCAAGGCAAUACACAUAUAAUGGUUUGAUCACACUGCUGUCUUCUUUUCAGUUUUAAAACAAAUGUUUAAAUAUCACUGUGUAUGUUUGAGAUCUUUUACCUAUGUUCCUGUUCUGUAUGUAUGAUGGAGCUAAUCCACAUUUUUAUUAUGGAUGAUGGGAAGUGAAGUCUACCUGUACUUUCCCUCUGUAAGCUGUUCUAUACUGUACCUCUAGAGCCAUGUGUCGUCCUGUAUGCAAGUACUGCAUGUCCCCAGUAUUCACCCCCCCAAAGUAUUUUCGCUCCAUGUGUGAAGUUAUCAUGCUUCUGCCCUCUAGAAGAUCCCACUGAGGCCAAGAACAUUUAAAUAAAGGUGAAUGUGGAAAGAG